GCCCCGCCGGGAGAGCGCGAUGGCGGCGCGCGCCCGCGGCAGCACCUGAGCCCAGGAUGAAGGAGUGGUGGCUGCAGGUGGGGCUGCUGGGCGUGCCCCUCCUCGCCGUCUACCUGCACAUCCCGCCCCCGCAGCCUUCCCCGGCACUCCGCUCCUGGAAAUCUUCCGGAAGCUUCUUCACCUACAAGGACCUGAACGUCUUCUACAGAGAUUCCAGCGGCGCCGUCGGCAGCUCCGAUGUCGUGGUGCUCCUGCACGGCUUCCCGACGUCCAGCUACGACUGGAGCAAGAUCUGGGAAGGGCUGACCCAGCGCUUCCACCGGGUGAUUGCCCUGGAUUUCCUCGGAUUUGGAUUCAGCGACAAGCCCAGACCCCACGGCUACUCCAUCUUCGAGCAGGCCACCAUCGUGGAGGGGCUGCUGCGCCACCUCGGGCUCCGGCACCAGAGGAUCAACCUCCUGUCCCACGAUUACGGGGACACGGUGGCCCAGGAGCUGCUCCACAGGUAUGAGCACAAUAAAACCGGGAGCAUCCUGAUCAACAGCCUCUGCUUGUCCAACGGAGGGAUUUUUCCCGAAACGCACUACCCCCGCUUCAUCCAGAAGCUCCUCGUGGAUGGGGGGCUGCUGUCCCCCGUCAUCCUGCGGCUCAUGAACUUCUUCUUCUUCUCUGGAGGGCUCAGGGCAGUUUUCGGGCCCUACACGCAGCCCUCCCAGGCGGAAUUCUGGGAUAUGUGGACGGCGGUGCAGAAUAACGAUGGGAAUCUCGUUAUGGACAGUAUUUUGCAGUACAUAAACCAGAGAAAGAAGCACAGAGAGCGCUGGGUUGGGGCUUUGACGUCUACCUCGGUCCCACUGCAUCUCAUCUACGGACCCCUGGAUCCUGUGAAUCCACACCCUGAGUUCCUCCAGCUUUACAAGAAGGUGCUUCCCACGUCCACGGUGUCCGUGCUGGAUGAUCACAUCAGCCACUACCCCCAGCUGGAGGAUCCCACGGGAUUUCUCAAUGCCUACCUGAACUUCAUCAACUCCUUCUGAGCUGCUGCA